AAUCUUAGUACCGCCCCCUGUGAUGGCAGCAGGGUUGUAUCUACUGUAAACAAUCGAUGAGGAAGAUCAGCUUUCUGUAUUAAGUUGAUGGUUGUGGCAGAAAUGUGAUUAAACGCUAAACGCUGAAGUUGAAAAGUUUAGCAGGCAUAAUGUUGACUUUAUGAAUCAACCACACUAACGUAUUCAGCCUACCAUGAGUACAGUGGGAGAAAAUCAGCUGCAGAGAAUCAUCAGAGAUCUGCAUGAUGCUGUUUCUGAGUUGAGCCAAGAACAUUGUGAUACUGGCGAACCCAUCACAGAUGACAGCUCCAGCCUCCACAAGUUCUGCUAUAAGCUGGAGUACCUUCUGCAGUUUGACCAGAAAGAGAGGACAACAUUUCUGGGCAGCAGGAAAGACUACUGGGACUACUUCUGUGACUGCUUGGCCAAGAUUAAAGGAGCUAAUGACGGCAUUCGCUUUGUCAAAUCAAUCCCCGAGCUGAAAACAUCAUUAGGAAAAGGACGGGCUUUCAUUCGCUACUGUCUGGUGCACCAAAGGCUGGCAGACACGCUUCAGCAAUGUCUUAUGAACUACAAAACCACAUGUGAGUGGUAUUAUGAACGCAGUCCCUUCUUAAAGUCCCAUCUGAACACUGAUAUCAUCAACCAUCUGUAUGAACUCAAUGAGGUCCAGUUUGAUGUAGCAUCCCGAGGUUACGACCUUGACUCUGACUGGCCCACUUUUGCAAGAAAGACUCUGGGAUCAGCUGUCUCACCCGCCCAUGCGUGGAAACCACCCAGUCGCUCCUCUAGUGUCAACAGUCUGCAAGCUCAAGAGUUUCUUCCAGGCCAAGAUUUUGGCUCUAGUCUUCUGGGUGAUCUCGGGGAAUUAGGUGAGUUGUCCUGUAGUGCUUCUGAGGACCUGCGCACUGAGCUCGACCAAUCAGAGUUGAAGCAACGGGAGCUCCAAGAGAAGAUCAGGCAACUCACCAGUGAAGCAGUUGAUCUGAAGGCCGUGGUCCAAGACCUGCAGGAGCAACUCUUGGCUCAAGGUCCUAACCAAAAGAAAAAAGAAGAUCAGGAGGUGGUGAAAACUGUUAAAGAGUGUGCAGAUCGUCUCCAUACCACCACACAGGGACUGGAGGCUCUACGGACAACAACAGAACGCAACCUAGAAGCCAAACUGAGCAUUGCAGAGAACAGAAACAUGGAGUUGCUAGCAAAACUUGACGGAGCUCUGAGCGAAAAAGGACAGCAGGCAGCCAACUACUGUGACUCGGCUUGGAAAAUCCAAGAGCUCCUCACCAAGCUAAAGGAGGCAGAGGAAGAGAGGAUUGAGUUUAAACGAGAAAUCGAAGAUCGGGCGAGACUAGCUGAGCAACUUGCUCAGGAGCUGAAGCUUCAGGAAACGAAACUAAAGGAGAUGGAAGACAAACUGAACACUUGUAGAGUGUCUGCCGACAAAGAACGAACUACCGCAAUGCAGGCUGAUGAGUUGCAGAUGACCAUCAACCGCCUUCAAGGAGCUCUUUCUCUGAACGAGCGGGAAACAGGGAACCUACGGACUCAGAUGCAGGACAUGCAGAAAGCACUGGAUACCAAGGAAGGUCAACUAAAGGAGCACCAGAAAAGGAUAGAAGAGGAGUUACAACAUAAAAGUGUGCUUGAAGAACAACUAAAUGCAAAGGUGACUGAGUUGUCCACCACUGCCCAAAAGAUCCAGCAACUAGAGAAUGUCAACCAGCAGUUGACUUCAGAAAGUCAGAGCUUCCAAAUGCAAGCCAAGAAACUGGAAGAGUACAAGAACCAAUGCACAAGUUUAAUGGAGAUCAAUGCCAAGCUGAUCCAAACGGUGAAGAGAAAUGAAGAGAGCAGCAAGGAGCUGGCGCAAGCCAAGAACUCUCUUGUGAGAGAACUGGUUACCAUACAAGCCUCUGAGAAGCAACUGAGAACCAAAUUAGAGUCAGCUGGAUUGAAAGUGGAGAACCAAAAUCUUGAGGAGUGCAUACAGAACGGCCAGAUGAACAGCGAGGAAACCAAAACCAAACGAAAAGAGAAUAGUAUAUUAAGCCUGGAAGAACUAAAUGAGAGAGCUACAGUCCCCCAGGAGAACAAAAUUGCUACUUCUAAUCUCCUUCGGGAGGCUAAUGAAUCCUCAAGGACUGAUCAUGGAGAAUCCUCUUCUAGGUUGGCUUUGGCUGAGGCCCAACUUGAGCUCAACAUGAAGGAGGUUUCCAGACUCCAGGAAGAGGUCAUGGAGCUCCGGGCACAGCUAUUGUUGAGCUCAGAGGAGAAAAUAAAGAUCCAGGCUCUGCAGGAAGUGACGGAAGCCUCCAGAGAAGAUCUCCGAGCUCAGGCGGAGCAACUAAAGUCCCAGGUGGAAGAGCUAAAUCGUAGGCAUGUGGAGGAAAUGCUGCACUGCAGAGAAAGAGAGGACACUCUGGUAAAGGAAAGGGAUAUGGAGGCCCAUUUGCGGGAGGAAAUCCAAACAAACCUGACUGCCGUGAGAGAAGAGCUUCACAUGUUGAAGACGCAGAACAGCACGCUUGCGCUUGAGAAUGGAGAGGCUCGCGAUGCAUUACACAGGGCCAACACUGAGACAGCAGAGCUUGGGGUUCAUGUUUGCAUGCUGAAGGGACAGAAUGAGGAGUCUCAGUUGCGAUGGGAAGAGCUUUCUACCAAACUUCAAGAGCUACAGAUGGAGGCGCAGGAAGAGGUGGAAAAUCUAAGUGAUUCAAUGGAGGCCUUGAGAAAAGAUAAUGCAAGUCUCCAAGAGCAGCUAAAACAAACUGAAGGACUCCCGGAAGCCAUGCAGAAGUUGCAGGAGAGACUUGAACAGAUGGAAGAAGAAGCCAAAAGCCUCCAAGAGAUACGACAAAGGGAAGUUGACACACUGAGGUCCCAGUUGAACGAUGAAGCUGCGGACCAUCAAAAUCAAGUGCAGGGUCUGAAUGAAGAGGUAGAUGCACUGAGGAAGAGGCUGGAGAAUGAAGUAGAGAAAGUCUCAAGUCUUGAGUCCAAAGUUUUGGAGCUUGAGUCUGCAAACAGUGAUUACAGUCAGAUGAUCGAAAAGAAAAAUGCCCUCUUCAGUGAUUCCGAAAAUAUAAUUAAUCAGAAAGAGGAACAGAUAAAAAGCCUCAGAGUGAACUUAACAAGAGCUGAGGAGGAACUGGCUCUUACUCAGCAGUCCUGUAAUGAACUAGGUGUUAACUUAAGCAGAAGUGCAAUGGAGAAGCAAGCCAUUGAACUGAAGAUGUCUGCUGAGAUAGAUGACCUUUAUCGUACCAAAAAGAAUCUUGAAGAGAGGCUCAUUCAGCUCAUAAGGGAUAAAGAUGCUUUAUGGCAGAAGUCUGAUGCACUGGAGUUUGAACAGAAACAGAGGGCUGAGGAACAGACAGACAGAGACGUCACAUACUGCCUGAGCUGCCGUAACCACUUCACCUGGAUGCUGCGCAAACAUAGCUGCAGGUUCUGUGGGCGCCCAUUCUGUUACUACUGCCUUGUUAAUGAUGCAGGCGUCCACCAGGGCGGCAGCAACAUGCGCUGUUGUAAGGACUGCUUUAAUCAGCGCGGCUCUGGACACAGGGACCUGGGCAGUCCUUUACGUUCAGCCCACAGCCCAAUAUCAAGCCCCACACGAACCAGCACACCAGGGUCAUUGAAAUCCCCUCGGCCUGAUGACACCGCUUAUGCCAUCAUCACAGAAGAGGAAGUAAACUGUGUCCAUGACAGUGAUUCUUUAUACUACACUGCUUUGCAGCCCUCAGAGACACAACAGCUAAGCAGAAGUGACAUCACCAGCACUGAAGAUUCAGACGAGCUGAUUGGCUCCGUUCAGGAUGCUGAGAUCUGUCUGUUAAAAUCUGGAGAGAUGACGCUGUCUGUGCCGUUCAGUGUGGAGGAUGUGGUUCAGUUUGGCGAUAAGUCCAGAGAACUCUUCGUCAAGUCCAGCUGUUACAGUGUGAUUCUCAUAACCGCUACACAUCCAGGUCUUACGAUCAGCUGGGUCUUCUCCUCUGAACCCAAGAGCAUCGCCUUCAGCGUGGUGUACAGAGAGAACCUAGACACACCUCCAGAACAGGCCAAGGUUCUGAUCCCUCUGACAAGAUGUAACUCUCAUAAAGAAACAAUUCAGGGUCAGCUGAAGGUCAGGAACCCUGGAGAAUACACCCUUAUCUUUGACAACUCCUUCUCAAGGUUCCUCUCAAAGAAAGUCCAGUACCAACUGAGUUUAGAGAAGCCAGAGGUCUGCAAUGGAAGUGAUUGUUCUUCAUAGGAAACAGAAUCACGCACACUUGUGUCUGUACCAGGUCACGGGACAGAUUUGUCCAGGAAUAUGGCUGUUUAUCAAGCCCAACUUGACUAAUGCUGCUUUCAAUGAUUUACAAGGUGAAUCUCACAAAACAUGUCUAAAUCUCACAGUCAAAUGAAAGAAAUGAGAAAUUGUAUUUAUGAUGAAAUAAAAUACAUUUGAAGACAUUCAAAUUUUUAUUUGAGUAUUUUCUCAUGGAGUAUUUUCUCCAUGAAUCAAAAAAAGGCGUUUUUGUCACUAAACUGUACUUGUUUCUCUCUCUCUCUCUCUCUCUCUCUCUCUCUCUCUCUCUCUCUCUCUCUCUCUCUCUCUCUAUAUAUAUAUAUAUAUAUAUAUAUAUAUAUAUAUAAUAACAUUGCUACAAGUAUCUAAAAAUCAAACGAAAUAUCCAGCUGCAUUGCAUUAAUGAAAAUUAAUUAAGGGAGAAAUGUCAAGAAAAUUUAUGUCUAAAUAAGUAAAUAAAUACAUACAUCUUAAUGCUCCCAAGCUUAAUUUUCUUUAUGCUUUAUAAUAGUUUCUUAUUUUUGUUCAUUUGAUUUUGGGGUGAAAUAUGACCUGGACAUAUUGUGAGAUUCACUCUGUGUAUAAUUCAAAAGCCACAUUCCUCUUAUGAAUGAUUGCUCUUUAUUCAUAACCUUUUAUGAAUGACUUUAAUACACUCUUGGCAAACUCUAAAAGCCAGAAUGGUACAAUAUCUCUGGCAUACUUAUCAAGGGAAUGGACAGUCAAAAAAAAAAGGCAAUGAAGGAAAGCCCCGUGAAAUUUGCUGUGGUCAGUAGAUAGAUGAUGGUUUUUAUAACAUUAUGCACUACAGAAGAGCUUUAUUUGUGACUUUUAUUGAAAUUAGUAAUAUAGAUGUGAAGGAAAUGCUUAUACUUCAACAGGCUACUAGCAAUACAGGGACAUCAGUCUGUUUCUUUAACAUUUUUAUCUAUAUAAUAUCCAUAUAAGUCUAACCAAUGCAGAAAAUCAGGAAUUUGAAACUGACAUAGAUAAUAAUUAUAAAUAAAGAUAGGAAACUAAUCUAUUUUCUGAUGAGAUUGCUUAGUAUAUCUCUCAUAAUACGGUCAUCAUAGAACUUUUUCAAAGCUUCGUAUGUCAACUAUGACUUCUCUGCAGACAUAUAAUCUGUAUUCUGAAGGGACGAGUACACAGUAAUAAGAGGAAACUCUAUUUCCUGGCCGUCUUGUUUAUUUUCAACACAAAAAUGCAUUUUUAUUCAGCUGACGCCAGGGAAAAAUUUAUGAAAUUUAUGAGAAAAACACUCAGUGACUGUGUUUUUUGCAUAAAUAAGAUUGCCGGUGCAAUAACUGAUAACUUCAGCAUGAAGAAGGUGGAAAAUGUACAUUGCACUUUUUGUAAGGGCUUAAUUUGAAUAAUAAGCAUUGAUUCUUCACUGUUGCACUUUCUGAAUGUGUUUCUGAGGCUGAUGACAUCACUUGAUUAAAGAACUGUAGCAGUCAUUUUUUAUCUGCAGUUACUGUAAAGGGUUGUGAUAUAACAGUAAUGUUAUAUUACAGUUUGAAAUGGAGCUGAAUUAAAACUACUUGGUGGCGUGACUCUA